AAGAAAGCGCCGCUGGCGGUCCAGCAGUGCGCGAUGGUCGGUGUACAGCUAUGCUGUUAAUUGCGAGUAUCUUAGGUGGCGCCUCGUUUGUUUGUGUAAUGGUGAGAGGCAAAGGAAAAGACUGUUUUUGUCCCACGUCAGACAACAGCUAGCUUGCCCUGAUGUCAUGGCGGCCCGCCCCACCACCUCCCCAGUGCCUCGGCGCGCCACUAGAGACGGGCCCUUCCAUAAGGAUCGGGACCCCCCGUCCCCCAGGCCCUCCCCGUCCCGUCGCCGACCAGCCUGCUCGCUGCCUGAUGUGUGCCCCAAAGAGCCAACUGCAGGCGAGGGGCGGAGCCUUCGCCAAGGUCCUUCGGUGGUCUCUGAGCACGACCGCUGGACGGUGUACAGUUCCAAGGUCAACCUGCCGGCGGCGCUCAACGACCCGAGGCUGGCCAAACGGGAGUCGGACUUUUUCACCAAGACCUGGGGUCUGGACUUUGUCGAGACGGACGCCCUGCCAUCCUUUUGCCUCCCCAACGUUACUCCAGAAGACUUCAGUGCAUACCUGCAGGAGAGCGUGCAGAGAGAAAGAAUCCAUGAACGAUGUAAGGCUCUUUGUCCGAUAAAAGACGACCUAGUGGACUCCAUCUCAAGUAUCAGCACCACACAAGAAAAGUCAAGAGCAGAAUUGGACCAAGUGCCCAAGAUAUUCCUGAAGCCUGACUUCGCCCUGGAAGAGCCGUCGACCUUUAACGCAGUCUUGCCGUGGUCACACUUCAACAGCAGCGGUGGGCGCAGCAGCCGCGACAUGGCGUCCUCCAAACUACUACAGGAGAAGCUGAGUCACUACCUGGACAUUGUGGAAGUGAGCAUUGCGCGGCAGAUCUCCCUGCGCUCGGAGGCCUUUUUCCACGCCAUGUCAUCGCAGCACGAGCUGCAGGACCGCUUGAAGGAGACUCAGGAGGCCGUGGCUGUGUUACGGCGCCGCACCGCCACUAUCGACCGUGUUAUGUGCCAGGGACCCCUGGCGGCCCUGCGAGCGGCCCUUACACGUAGUAAUUGCGUGAAGUUGCACAACAAGCUAAAACUGAUGGCGGCCGUGCACCAAACGCAGCCCACUGUGCAGCUGCUGCUCUCCACUUCUGAGUUUGUGGGCGCGCUGGAGCUCAUCGCCACCACAAAGGAAGUCCUGCAGCAGGAACUUCAAGGCAUCCACAGCUUCAGACAUCUGGGCUCUCAGCUGUGUGAGCUGGAGAAGCUAAUUGACAAGAUGAUGGUGGAGGACUUCAGCAUGUACGCUCGCAGCGAGCUAAACCGCAGCCUGAGGGAUGACACGCAGCUCCUGGAGAAGGAGCGUCUUCAGUCACUGGUGUUUGGCCUACUGCGCCAGAGGAGAUUGGACUUUUUGGACAUUUACAGCACUGAGAUGAUGGCGGCAGCCAAGGCCAUCGUCUCCCAGUGUGUUGCUGAGCGGCUUUUGACCAUCGAUGACAUUGACACGGAGGUCGUCACAAAGUUGGCCGAGCAGAUGCGUCUGAUGACCUUCCCUCAAUGGUUUGAGCUUCUCAAGGACGUCUUUGAGUGCUUCCUGCUUUUCCUCCAGAGAAUGAAGGCCACACUCGGAGUGAUCAGGUUAGUGGUCCUGGAGGUUCUGGAGUCCAACCAAAAGACUUUAUUGGCGGGGGAGUCCCAUUUGGAAGAACGCCAGCUUAACGCGGCACCCAACUCGUGCGGCGACGUCGCCGAGUUGGCCUACCUGACGCAUGACGGCCCGUUUAUCAGCGAUGCCCUCCACGGUGCCCAACAAGCCAGAGCCAGUACUGCGGAUGCAGAGUCGACAUCCCAGGAGCAGAACUUCAUGCCUGGUGAUAUGAUGCCAUCUGACUUACAGCUGGACCGCGUGCUUAACAACAUCCGGGAGCUUCUCCACACCGCUUCUGACAUUAGUCAUGACCGCUGUGUCAAACUGCUCACUGCCAGAGCCAAGGACGGCUCUCUGGAGCGCAUCAGUUCGGCAGAGUUUGUGAGCCUCUCUGUGGCGGUGGAGGACUUCGCCAAGGAGACGGAGGCCGUGUGCGGCAGGCGUAGCGUAUCCCUGCGGGGGGCGCUGCAGAGUCAGGCCGACCGUUUUGUCCACCGCUUCCACGAGGAGCGCAAGACCAAACUCAGUCUCCUGCUGGAUAACGAGCGCUGGAAGCAAGCGGAGGUUCCUGCAGAGUUUCAGGAACUGGUGGACUCUAUGGCCGACGGCACCAUCGCGCUCACCGUACGAAAGGUGGCAGGUCCAGACGACAGGAAGCCGAGUGACUUCCUGCUGGUGAAGGGGCACAAAUACGCCGUGGUGGGGACAGUGCUUCUGCUCAUUCGGAUCUUUCUGGAAUACUGCCAGUGCGUCAACGACAUCCCGGCCAUUGCAACUGACAUGUUGACACGGCUAGCUGACCUCCUCAAGCACUUCAAUUCUCGCAGUUGUCAGUUGGUUCUUGGCGCCGGAGCGUUGCAAGUGGUCGGCCUUAAGACGAUUACCACUAAAAACCUUGCGUUAGCAUCACGGUGCCUGCAGCUGGUGAUGGUCUACAUCCCUGUCAUCAGGGGACAUUUUGAAAGCAAACUCCAACCCAAACACUUCAGCGUGCUCCGACACUUUGACCACAUCACCAAGGACUACAACGACCACGUGUCGGAGAUCUGGGCCAAGUUGGUGGCCAUCAUGGACGGCGUGUUUGAGAAGGCUCUGACCAAGUACGAGGUGAAGGCCCCGAUGCCGUCGUCGUGUUUCCGGAACGUGUGCAGGCAGAUGCUUAAGAUGCACGAGGCCAUCAAUGACCUCCUGCCUGCCGAUCAGACUCAGAUGCUAUUUUCCAGGAUCAACAGCAGCUUGAAGAUGAACCUGAAGAGGCAGCUGGGUCGACUCGGCGUCGUCAACGAUGGCGGACCGCAGCACGGGCUGGUGGUGGUGGACGUGGCCUUUUACACUGAGAACGUGCAGGCCCUCAAGAACCUGGAGACUUUAGACCUCAACAUGGCUGAGAUCUGGGAGCAGAAGAGGUGACUGGACGGUGACGGAAAGAAGCGGUCGCGGCUCGCAAGACGUGCGGCGGGAAGGCUCUGUCCGGGACUCCACGACAAGCCGUCGAGAGUUUAGUUCUCACUUCAAAGACACUGGUAGAAUCUGUUUAGCAAUGUUCUCCACUACUAGUGUCAGGUUUGGCCCGCAAUUAAGUACCAAAAUGCACAAAUGGCCUUUUUUGAGUAUCAGAUAUCGUUGAUAUCGGGCUGAAGGUUCAGGUACUAAUAUGCUCUGGGCUCACUGAGGCAAAACUGCACAAGUUGGGAACUGCGCUACUAGUAAACACACUAAGCAUUACAUGUUGACUAAUAGAGUUUAAAAAUACCUCCAGUAGCACACAGCUAGUGCAGCUGCUAUCAUGUGGGACCAGGCCACUCAAACCAAAAUGGGUGCUUCAGUUCACUUUUGGAGGAUUUUCCAAAUCUUUUACCGGCUUGUUGCCAUGACAACAAAGGACACUAUAUAUCUUUGUUUUUUUGAUGAGAUCAAGAAGCUAUGGACCAAACUGUGACUUUCCUUUAAGUGCGUCACAGCGUCUCAGGAAAACUGUGACCUUUUUGACAAUUUUGGAAUUAAAUUAUGUUGCUUUUUUUGUUAUCUGGGGAAAAAAAAAAACAAUCGACAGUCAUCACUGUGCCUCAAACGAGCGUUUGUCUAAUGUUGUUAGACUGGGUUGUGAGUGUGUUAGCGCGAGCAUGUGGGUUCGACGCGCGUGUUGAAAGCUUCCAAGUUGACAUUAAUAAACAAGAAUGAAGGGGUUUGUGUUUCCUAGUCUU